GAUACUCGUCGUUCAUUGUUCCGAUCUCCUCUUGACCCUCAAUUCUGUGAUGUAUCCUCAUCUUACAAGGCCAAAAAAAAGGCGAAUCAUAACCUCUUGACUAUAAUUGACCACAUUUUUUAGGGAGAGUGGCCCAUCGAGUGGAGUGGAAGAAAAAGUAAUUGCGUUUGAUGUGUUUUAACCUCGGCGUAAAAAAAAGGAAAUAGGGAUCACUCUGCAUUCAAAUAUCGAAAUCACAGGAAAACUCAUUGAAUCCGUCUUACGGAAAAGAAACGAGGGACUUCUCUUUUUUUUGCAACACGGGUUUCCGGGCCUUUUUUCUCUCUCCUUUGAAACCCAAAGUGAAGGGUCCUUGUGUGUGAUUUCAAGUACAAGACUCGCUUUCGAUUCCAUCUCCUGGGGCACCGCUUUCGUCGUUUUCCUCUCGAGCUGUUUUGACCUGUCCAACCGAAUUCCACCAUGUCAGAAGGAGAAUCGUUGUAUGCUCGGACAACGGCGGAGCGGAUUACAAAACCCAAGGCUGCGACCAUCGGAUACUAUGAUUUGGAGAAAGCCGUAGGGGAGGGCAACUUUGCCAAGGUUCGAUUGGCAACACAUACAUUGACCGGAGAAAAAGUCGCUGUCAAAAUCAUCGACAAGUCAAAGCUCGACAAAACAACGUCAAAAAAGCUGUUCAGAGAGGUCCGAAUCAUGAAGCUUUUGAAUCACCCUCACAUUGUCCGGCUGUACGAAGUCAUAGACACACCAAAAGAACUGUAUCUCAUCAUGGAAUACGCCAGUGGCGGAGAAAUCUUUGACUACCUAGUGGCCCAUGGACGAAUGAAAGAAAAGGAAGCACGCAGACAUUUUCGUCAAAUCGUUUCUGCUAUCGACUAUUGUCACUCUCUCCACGUUAUUCAUCGAGAUUUGAAGGCAGAGAACUUGUUAUUGGACGGAAAUAUGAAUGUCAAGAUUGCAGACUUUGGGUUCUCAAAUCAAUUUUCCCCGGGACAGAGGUUGAAUACUUGGUGUGGAUCACCUCCUUAUGCGGCUCCCGAGCUCUUUCAAGGAAAAGAGUACUCUGGUCCUGAAGUAGAUAUCUGGUCACUCGGUGUAGUCUUGUAUGUUUUGGUAUGCGGAGCGUUACCCUUUGAUGGCUCUACCCUAGCCAAACUGCGAGCCAGAGUAUUGGCUGGCAAAUUCAAAGUUCCGUUUUACAUGUCCACCGAUUGCGAACGGCUCAUCAAACGCAUGCUGCAACUGGAUCCCUCCAAACGAAUAACAUUGGAUCAAGUCAAGCAAGACAAGUGGUUCAACGAGGGUUAUGAGCAUGAGCCUCUUCCUGUCCCACAGGUGCUGAGUCUCACUCCGGAGCAGAUAAACCAUGUUUUAGAUGAGCUUGAAGAAAUUGGCCUGGACAGGGUAGCAGUCAAAAAAUCUCUGGACGAAGGUGUUUAUGAUCAUCUGUCUGCAACAUACUAUUUGAUUGCGGACAAAAACUUUAAACGCAAAACUGGAGAAGCUGGGCGUGAUAGCGAGCGUCCCGGGACUGGUGCCGCUGAAUCAGAGGCGAACAAGCCGCCUGGACCGGCACCUAAUGGACGCAGGGAAAGCAACGUGCCAGUUCUUCCCAACAUUACGCCCACGGCGUCUCGUAAACUGGCUGAAGCACCCAAUAUGAACGCAAUAGUUGAGGAAGGUGCAGCUGGUGGAUUGCCCAACGGCGUCGAAGCUCCAGCAAGGAGGGCCUUGAAUCCUAUCGAAAGGCCCGGGUCUGGCACACCUGAACGACAAAGGGCGAGAACAACAGAGCCACAGGAAAGUACUGAAGAUGCUGGACAUGCGGCACGACCUCCAUCUAGUAGUGGUGUUCGUGCGGCUGUGAAUGCCACCUCAACAGCUGCCCGCCGACGUGCAACGGUUUCCACUCCCGUUGCAGUAGCAGAUUUGAAAAAGGAGCUUUUACAAAACAAUAUGGCUGCGGCGGUAGCUGCCGCUCAAGGAUCUCCUACAUCAUCGACCGGAGUCGUUGCCGAAGAGAAUGUUCCAGAGGUGGUUGUCCGUCCACGACCCCGGCCAGCCCUUCCUUCAGCUGGCCGAGAACGUCCGGCCUCAUUUGCGGGAGUACCAUCCAACCCAGUCCCAGUCGCACAAGUUGCCAGUGAAAUGCACACCACAACGACCCAAGUGGUGCCACCCGCUGCAGCAUCUGUGGCCAUUGCUACUGUUUUGCAACCUUCUACGGUUCGCACCGCCACACGCAGAAACCGUGCUCAAACUAUCGAUUCGGCGGCUGCCCCCUAUGCCCUACAAGCCGCCGCGGGAGCUUCCGCUUCUAACGACUCUACCAACGCUACAUCACCGAGCCGUCCUACAUCUGCCCAUCCCUCCACGCUCUCUUCCUCGCAAUCCCAAUCCGGUUCUCAGCUAUCUCUGGCUGAGCGCCUUAAAAUCAAGUUCCGUAAAGAGGGUCAACGUGCCGAACCCCGCGUCCUCCGCUUCACAUUCUCUGUCUCGACCACGUCGACCAAAGAACCCGAAGCGAUUCUGACUGAAGUCCUCCGCGUUCUCACUGAGGCAGGCGUCAAAUUUGACGUUAACGGCUUUAUUGCGAGCUGUAGUUUCCAAGGCAUAGAUUUCGAGAUGGAAGUGUGCAAACUCCCGAGACUGGCUGUGAAUGGUCUUCGAUUUAAGCGAAUGAGUGGUGACUCGUGGGUGUACAAGAAUUUGUUGACAGAUCUGAUCUCAAAAAUGAAUUUGUGAUAACUUUUAAAUUCAUUCACAACGUUGGGAAUAGAUCUAAGGCAAAAAGUUCUUCGAUGGGUCCGUUAUUAAAUAGGUUGGAAAGAGGGGGAAAGCGGAGGUUGGGCACUCCUCUCUCAUUUUUCGUGUUUUGUUUACCCUUGCAGUCUUGUAUACCACUCCUUCUUUAAUAGAACAUCAUGUGUUCAAACUUA